UCUACAAAUUGGCAAGCCUCACCUUCUCCAACUUCCAAUACCAAAAUUAUUUAAUUUUCCUUCCUACAACAUGGCACAAUCAUCAAUAAUAUCUCUCAAAGUUCAUCAAGUUCUUUCUAUAGCACCAAAAAAUGAAACCUCACCAACCACGUUUCCAUUUACUUUCUUUGACACACUAUGGCUAAGACUUCCACCAGUUGAACGUCUUUUCUUCUAUGAAAAUCCUAACUUAUCAACCACUUUUUUCUUUGAAUCAAUUCUUCCAAAUCUCAAAAACUCUCUUGAACUCACACUCCAACACUUUCUCCUUCUUGUUGGUAACAUCACAUGGCCACAAGAUUCACCACACCCUACCAUUAAUUAUGUCCCUAGUGAUUCUAUUUCUUUCAUUGUAGCUGAAUCCAAUGAAAAUUUCAACCAUUUAUGUUCCAAUCUUUGUGAAGUUGAAAAAAAACAACCCUUUAUCCCAAGUUUGAAAAUUUCUCAUGAAAAAGCAUCAAUUAUUGCAUUACAAGUCACUUUUUUUCCAAACCAUGGAUUUUGUAUUGGUAUAACCACACACCAUGCAGCCGUUGAUGGAAAAUCAUCAACUUUAUUUAUGAAAUCAUGGUCUUAUUUUUGUUCCAACCUUGUAAAAAACACACCUUCUUUGACUUUACCUCAAAAUCUAACACCCUUUUUUGAUAGGUCCAUUAUAAAUGACCCUUUAGGGAUAAAUGAGAGUUAUUCAAAAGUGUGGUUGAAUUUUGGUGGAGAAAUAAACAAUAGAAGCUUGAAGGUUUGGGAAACAAUUAGUGCACCAAAGGGUGAAGCAAUCAAAGGUUUUUUUGAAUUGUCACCUUUGCAUAUUCAAAAGCUUAAGAAAUAUGCACAAUCCAAGAUUGAAAAAAAUAAGGUAAAGUUGUCAACUUUUUCGGUUACUUGUGCUUAUUUGUUGUCAUGUACAAUUAAAAUUGAAAACCCAAAUUCCAAUAAGGUAGCUUUUAUUUUUAGUGUGGAUUGUAGACCACGUUUGGAUCCACCAAUUAAUGCAAAUUAUUUUGGAAAUUGUGUUUUGCCACAAUUGGUUAUGGCUAAAACCGAAGCAUGGUUAAAAGAUGAUGGAUUUAUUAGUGCACUUGAAGGGAUAAUUGAUACAUUGAAUGGUUUGGAAAAUGGUGUGUUAAAUGGGGCAGAAAAUUGGUACUCAAAAAUGCAAUCCACAAUGAGUGAAACUAAUGGAAGAAUGUUUUCAAUUGCUGGAUCACCUAGGUUUGAGGUUUAUAAUUUUGAUUUUGGAUGGGGUAAGCCUAAAAAAGUUGAUGUUACUUCUAUUGAUAAAACAGGAGCUUUUUCUCUUUCGGAAAAUAAGAAUAAUGAUGGUGGAAUUGAGAUUGGAUUGGCUUUGAACAAGCAACAAAUGGAUCAUUUUGUUCAACACUUUUCUCAAGGACUUGAAUCCUUGUAAAAUUUGUUGUUUUCAAUAAUUUUUAAGGUCUAAAAUAAAUUUUAAAACAUUAUUUUGAUAAAA